AGCCAUUAGAGGCAAAGUUGGGCGCCGCGCGAGCCCAGUCCGCGCCGCCCCGCGCCCGCUCCACUCGCCGCCGGCUCUCUGGGCGUGGGGAGGGUGGUGAGCACGCAAGCCGAGCGGCUGACGUGGGACAAGCUGCCAGGUAGCGGAAGCAGCCAGCCGCCGGCGGAGACUCUUCGCAGCGUGGCAGCCCGGGUCUGUGCCUAAAGCCUCCGGAUCUCAGCCAGCUUGGUCCAACCCUCGCCAGUCGCAAUCCCUUGUGCCCAAGCCAAUCUUCUCUGCGAGCGGCAGCAUGCACGCAGUGUCGCGCCCAGGGCUCUGAAAGCAGCCCGCGGACACGCUUCCUUGCCUGUCUUUUCGGGUUUUGGGGCUCUUGGCUACACGGAUGUGCCUCCCUCCCUUGGCAUGAUGGGUUUCUUUUUGGCGUCUGUUGGAUUUGUGUUCUUUUCGCUGUUAUAUGUACAACAAGGGCUUUCUUCUCAAGCAAAAUUUACCGAGUUUCCGCGGAACGUGACUGCGACCGAGGGACAAAAUGUGGAAAUGUCCUGUGCUUUCCAAAGUGGCUCCGCUUCAGUGUACCUGGAGAUCCAGUGGUGGUUCCUUCGGGGACCAGAGGAUCUGGAGCAUGGGACCGAGGCUGCGGGCUCUCAGGUGGAGCUCUUACCCGACAGAGACCCGGACAACGACGGGACCAAGAUAAGUACAGUGAAAGUCCAAGGCAAUGACAUCUCCCACAAGCUUCAGAUAUCCAAAGUGAGGAAAAAGGAUGAAGGCUUAUAUGAAUGCAGGGUGACUGAUGCCAACUACGGGGAGCUACAGGAACACAAGGCCCAGGCCUACCUGAAAGUCAAUGCCAACAGCCAUGCUCGAAGGAUGCAGGCCUUUGAAGCCUCACCCAUGUGGCUACAAGACAUGAAGCCUCGAAAAAAUGUGUCGUCAGUGGUUCCUAGCAGCAUCCACAGCUCUGCCAACCAACGAACGCACUCCACCUCCAGCCCUCAAGCGGUAGCCAAAAUCCCCAAACAAAGUCCACAAUCAGGUGCGAGGAUAGCUACAAGCCAUGGACUUUCUGUCCUGCUUCUUGUUUGUGGCUUUGUGAAGGGUGCUUUGCUUUAAUCUAAAGUGCUGACUUUUUUCCAAUAUCACUUUCUCUUCUUAAAGCAAAGAGCAAAUCGCCUGUAAAAUCUACGGAGCGGACAGCAAAGUUGACCCUAAACUCCAAGCACCAUUCUGCACCCCUGUACUCUAGUUACCUACACAAGGAGCAACAGCUUCCGGAAGCUUAAGUGAAGAGGCUAUCACACGCUUUAUUGAUAGUAUUUUCUUUGGGAAGUCGCUGAUCUUUUAUUUGAAGAGAAUUAAUGUGAAGCGAUAGGACAUUUUCUAAUAACAAGAUCUAUUUUUUUUUCUUUUCUUCCAACAAAUAAAAUCUGCAUUUCACUGACUCAAGACUUGACCUGAAAGUCAUCAGUAUAGUAAAUAUUUCCAUGGAUUCCUCCAGUUUCCUACCAAGGAACAUCUAAUCUGAACGAAGCAAACAAAGAUGGAAAGCUUAAGACAUGCAAACUAUUCAAACAGCACCCCAGCUGGGGAAAAACGGAAAGCAAAAAAACAAAAUGCUGGACACUGCAAAUCAACAACAGGCAACUUUAUUUUACAUAAGGAAGAAUCAAAGCAAAUUUUUUUAACUUCUUUCCCCCACCCCCCCGUGGAAUUUUUCUUGGAGUUUCCUUUCUUUUCCUUGAUUGCUGUUCUUGUUCUGUGGUAGCAAGUGCCAAUUAUGGCCAAUCCUAGUCAAUCCUGGGAGGUUUAUAUUCAUGCAUAUUGAGUGUGCUAUAUUUCAAUGUAUUUUAAUUCAUUUUGCAAUUUCUGUAUAUGCAAACCUGGCAAAUUCUGUAAAUUGCUUACAGUAUGUGUGAUAUGACUUCAAGAUAGAUAGAUAUGACACUCAUGCAAGCUGACUUUCUUCAUUCUAUAUACAAAUAAUAUACAUGAGCAUA